AACAAAGGCAUCGCGUUGAGGAAAACUGAGCCCACUUCCUCCGGACGCAAUUCUCCACGGUUUAGAACCAGAGCACUGUGUGACACCUCAAGCGAUGAGAGAUUCUGGCAGGGGCUAUAGGGACGCUGGACGGGAUUCUGGACGGGACGCUGGACGGGACGCUGGAAGGGACAGAGCACGCCGUAAUGACCGAGACAGGGACAGAACCAGGGACAGAGACAGGGACAGGGACAGGGACAGGGACAGAGAGAGAGCCCGUGACAGAGACCGUGACAGAGACCGUGACAGGGACCGUGACAGGGAAAGGGACAAGCUCAGAACUCAGGAAGAAGACACCCAGACGGGCCCCUUCAAGGACUUUGUCACUGUCAAACUGGCGUAUGAAAGGUCAAGACAGAGAAGGGAGGUAAUCUGUGCCUCUUGGAACUACCUGGGUACAAGAAUAGCAGCUGCUGAUAACGAAUCGCUGCGUAUAUGGGGUAUGAGAUCUGCUGGUGAGCCAGCAAACACCAUUCCACUGGUUGUUAACCAGCCCCAUGGAAAGGGCAUAUGCUCAAUGUCGUGGAAACCGGGAAGCGAAACGUCAUUGGCGACUGUUGCGAAUGAUCAGCAUCUCAAGAUUUGGAACUCCGUCACUGGUACCGUGUCAAAUACAUACGCUGUUGAGCACCAUAAACUGAACCAUGUGGGUUACUCCCCAGAUGCAAAGCUCAUUGCCUGUACAUCUGUGGUGAACUCCCUCAUCAUCGUCGAUCCAAGUGCAGCCAGCGUGAUUCAGAACAUCAAGGUGAAGUCAGUACCUCACUCGCUGUGCUGGAGUAACACAUCUGACUUCAUAUUUGUUGGAUUGGCUAAUGGGCAAAUCAACUUAUACUAUAACCAAGGUGGUCAAUUCGAGCUGGUACAUGUGCUUGAAGGCCACAACGCCGCUAUCAGGACGCUGAGAGUUGAUCCAAGGGGCCAAUAUCUCUACGUAGGUGCAAAUGAAGGUUUGGCAUCUGUGUGGUCUCUGGAAUCAUUGGUCGCAGUGAAGACCUUUGGAGAUGUUGAUGAGCCAAUAGCUGCAAUUGACGUCACUUUCAACUCAACGCUCAUAGCGAUAGUGUACGACGGUGAAGAGCAGCCCACGAGGCUAUUCAACACAAGGACCUGGAAUGAAGAGACUCAAGCCACGAGAUCUAAGGCUGGAACGUCAUUGCCUUCAACUUUCCAAUUCUGUCCAAACCCAAAGCAUCAGACAACUCACCUGUUUUCUAACCCUGAUGGUAACAUCAUGGUGUGCUACAGAAUAAGACCCCUCUGAUGAUAAACUACAUCAUCAGCGGUGAUUCUUCUUCUCCGACGAAUACUCAGAUGGAU